UUUUCCUCUCCACUUCGUGGCGGAGUGGUGUCCUCUUCCCAGGCAAGCCAAGCCAGCUGAGCCGAAGCUGCAGUUGCGAAUCAGAGAAGUCACCGGCCUCCCCUCCUCUCUCUUCUCCACGCCCCGAGAAAUCAAAAGCCCACGUGAGGUACCCCUUGCUUGCCAAACUCCCACUCCCCCGCAUCCACUCAUUUCGCCCCUCUGUUCCGCCGAAUCCUUUUUCGUUUCUUCCGGAAUCUGAUGCUUGAUUCCGCCGGCUCGCAGCGCCUUGGGUGAAACUGAUUUACCGAAGGGCCUUUUUGAUUGUCCAAUGGCGAUGAUGAUGGCUGAUCUUAGCUUUUCAGCGUCUAUAUCGAAUGCCAAGCUACCAAGGUAUGGAAAUGACUCUUCCUUGGUUAAGAGAUCUUCAAUGUUCCGAGCAGAAGCCCGGUCCACGGAUUCGGAGAAAUAUACUACCAAUGGCCGGUCGAGGAAGAUGGUUCCCACAACCGAAUUGAUGAGGAGCAAGGGCGGUGGCCGUGCAAGAACAGAUACAGUUAAUGGUUCUCUGAAUGGAGCUGUCAAUGGCUCGACCAAGGCGGUCAUCAAUGGUUCUACAAAUGGCGUUGUCAACGGUUCAACCAGAGCAGUCAUUAACGGUUCUCCAAAGGCGGUUGUUACCGGGACCAGUUUGGUGAAUGGCAGCAACAUGUCUGCUCUAGUUAAGACCCAGAAGCAAAUGAGUGCUAGAGAUGAUCCCUUUGAAGAGGAGCUCAAGGUUUUGCCAUCUGAUGAGGGAUUCAGUUGGGCAAAGGCUAACUACAACUCUGUGCAGAGGAGUAUAGAUAUCUGGUCUUUCGUGCUUUCUCUUCGAAUACGUAUUUUAUUCGACAAUGCAAAAUGGGCCUAUCCAGGUGGAUUCUCAGAGGAAAAUCAGAAAAUCCGGAGGAGAAACACUGCAUCAUGGUUAAGAGAACAAGUAUUGCAGCUUGGCCCAACUUUUAUCAAGCUUGGACAGCUAUCCUCCACAAGAUCUGAUUUGUUCCCAAAAGAAUUCGUUGACGAGCUUGCAAAAUUGCAGGACAGAGUACCUGCAUUUUCUCCUGAGAAGGCAAAGGCUUUCAUAGAGAAGGAAAUGGGGUGCUCAGUUGAUGUUGCGUUCAAAGAAUUUGAGGACCGUCCAAUAGCUGCUGCUAGUCUUGGUCAGGUACAUCGUGCGGUGCUUCAUAAUGGAGAGAGAGUUGCAGUGAAAGUUCAGCGACCAGGGCUCAGAAAACUUUUUGAUAUUGACCUAAGGAAUCUAAAGCUAGUAGCCGAGUAUUUUCAGAGAAGUGAAAAAUUUGGAGGUCCUUCAAGGGACUGGAUUGGUAUUUAUGAUGAAUGUUCCAAAAUUUUGUAUGAAGAAAUUGAUUACAUCAAUGAAGGAAAGAAUGCAGACAGAUUUCGUCGAGAUUUCAGAAAUAUAAAAUGGGUUCGCGUGCCACUUAUCAUGUGGGAUUACACAACUGAAAAGGUGUUAACCCUGGAGUAUGCUCCUGGUAUUAAGAUAAACAACUUGGCGGUGCUAGACAGCCGGGGAUAUAGUCGUUCUCUGAUUGCAUCCCGUUCAAUAGAGUCGUACCUAAUUCAGAUACUGAAGACCGGUUUCUUCCAUGCUGAUCCUCAUCCUGGAAACCUUGCCAUAGACAAGGAUGGCUCUCUAAUAUAUUAUGAUUUUGGAAUGAUGGGUGAAAUCAAAUCAUUCACUCGAGAUAGAUUACUCUCCUUGUUCUAUGCCGUGUAUGAGAAGGAUGCAAACAAGGUUAUAAAAGCUUUAAUUGACCUGGAAGCUCUUCAGCCAACAGGAGACCUCUCGCCGGUAAGAAGGUCCGUACAAUAUUUCUUGGACAAUCUGCUGAGCCAGUCACCGGAUCAACAGCAGACUCUAGCUGCAAUUGGAGAGGACUUGUUUGCAAUUGCGCAAGAUCAACCUUUCCGUUUUCCUUCCACAUUUACGUUCGUCAUAAGGGCAUUCUCAACUCUUGAAGGCAUCGGGUACAUACUGGAUCCUGAUUUUUCCUUUGUCAAAGUUGCUGCACCAUAUGCACAGGAACUGCUAGACUUGAAAACGAGACGAAGAGCUGGACCUGAAUUAGUCCAGGAGAUAAGAAAGCAAGCAAAUGAUGCCCGUGAUUCUACGAUCUCAAUGCCCUACAGAAUCCAACGGAUCGAGGAUUUUGUGGGGCAACUCGAGUCGGGUGAUUUGAAACUCAGAGUCAGAGUACUUGAGUCGGAACGAGCUGCUCGUAAAGCUAACGUACUUCAGAUGGCGACCAUGUAUACAGCCAUGGGUGGUACUCUCUUGAAUAUUGGGGUCGUCAUGGGUAGUCAAGGAAACCAAAUAGUCGCAAAUGGGUCUUUCAUCGGCGCAGGCAUUUUCUUGGCAUUAUUGGUUGCAUCUAUGCGAAGAGUGAAGAAACUCGAGAAAUUCGAGACGAUGAUGUGAUCGCCGGGCUUCAUUUUGGACAUCUGCACAAAAACCAAGACAAAUGGUUCACACUUUUGUAAAGAAAUUAAAUGGGAACUGCUUUCUCAUUCAUAGGUAAAUAAUAUAUGUAGAUUAUGUAGGAGCAACAUUCUUCCUGAUAAUGUUGUAUCUUGUUGAAACCUGUAAAAAUCUGUCCAAGCAGUAUACAUUCUUUUAGCAGAAAGCUCAGAUUAUUCAUCCGCAACUGAUUAAGAAAGCUGGAGAAUUAAUUUAUGUUUUUUUUUUACA